AUGGAACAAAUUCGUGAGGACUUAACUCAGAUGAGGACAGAAAUGGGGAUUAACCUGAAUCAUUGUAUGAAGGUUAUUCAAGCCCUUGUUUUUAGACACGAAGAAUUGAGACAGGUUCUUCAGAGGCCGGAUGUAAAUGUUAAUCUCAACAUAGGAGAAGGUCUUGUGAAUCAGAAUGUUAGAAAUACUAUUGAGAUUCCAAUUCCUGUUAAGGAGACUUCGCAUCAUGAGAAUAAUUCAGAACUUGAAGCCUUCAGGUUCCCGAUUGACGAGUUUGACAAAAGGUUCCACCUCCUAGAUGAAAGGUUGAAGGCCAUGGAAGGUCGUGACUCUGUUAAUUUAGACGCUGCUGGUUUAUGCCUAGUGCCUGGUAUCAAUAUCCCUGCUAAGUUCAAAGUCCCCAACUUCGAGAAGUACAAGGGUACCACGUGUCCGAUAGUUCAUGUCAAGGCAUUUUGCAACAAAAUGGCUCCUUAUGCUGAGAAUGACAAGUUGUUAAUGCAUUUCCUUCAGGAUAGCCUCAGUGGCACAUCUCUUGAGUGGUAUAAUCAACUCGAAAGAACUGAUGUCCGAACUUGGAAAGAACUAGCAGAAGCCUUUGUCAAGCAGAAAGAGCUCAUGGAUAUGUUCAAGGAUGUGAUGGAAAGUCCGUACUACCAAUGUUUGGCUGCAUGUAAGGCCUCUGACUUCGCAGAACUGGUUCUUGUCGGAGAACGAAUGGAGAAUGGUAUUAGGAAUGGAAAUGUCCAAGUUGUUGAUGCUCCUUCUGAAUUCCAUAAGCAAAUGAAUGAAGAAACCAAUGCAGUUUCUGAUUAUGAAGAGGAGUCUCCUGAUUAUUCUCCUGAUCAUAUCUUUUGUCAUGAAGCAGUGGUAGUAACUCCUAUUCAGGAUGACCCACAAAUUUGUGUUGCAACUCUCAAUCAGCCUCCCACUCAGUUUGGUCAACAUAAGCUUAUCCCAAAUGAUCAAUCAGGUCAGUGUGUGCCACAAAGGCGGAAUUGCCAACAAAAUCGUCACCAAAAAGGUAGACAAAGGCAUAGGAGGCCAAAAAGAGUGUAUGAUCCCAUUCCUAUGACUCGUGAUAAGAUAUUUUCUCACUUGAUCAAUCUUUCCUUGGUAGAACCAAAGCAGCCAAAGCCUGUUCGUUUCCCGUAUCAUGUGGGAUUUGACCCUAACGUUAAUUGUGGCUACCAUGAUGGGGCACCUGGUCAUUCGAUUGAAGACUGUCAGCCAUUCAAAGACAAGGUUCAAGACCUGAUUAAUUCCAAGGCUAUCACUUUCACACCCGAGGGCCAAGAUUGA